CAUAAUUGAAAAAGGUCUGAUGCCAAGCUCAAUAAAUCAUAUAAUUGGAGGCAAGGAUGUGGCCUUCGCAGAAUAUCCGCAUAUGGCGAAAAUUGUUUAUGACGUCGAAGAUAUGGUUUGUGGUGGGACGUUGAUUGAUAAACGUUUCGUUCUUACUGCGGCGCAUUGCAUAAUAACGAGGGACACGGAACCUAUAAAAGUUAUUUUGGGUGUUACUGACUUCAAUGAUACAGAGCAAUGGGAAGGCCGACUGGAGAUAGAUAUCAAAGCAACCUACGUGCCACAGAACUAUUCGAGUUUUUCUCAUUACUUCGACAUUGGAUUAAUUGAAUUGGCCAGUGAUGCCGAUUUUAGUGUUAAGGUCUAUCCAACAUGCCUGCAUACUGAUCCAACUGAUUUGCCCGAAAAUACGGAAAUAAUUGUGACUGGUUGGGGACGCACCGAAAGUAACAGUCUAUCAAAACACUUAAAGGCGGCCAAAAUGAAUCUGAUACCGCUGCCAGAAUGCAACGCAAAAUUAGAAUAUUACGUUGGUCGUCGCUUACGUCAUGGGAUUGAUGAGACACAGCUGUGUGCUCUGGCGCCAGGGAAAGAUGCCUGUUGGGGCGACUCUGGUGGGCCACUGCAGAUAAUUAAAGAUAAAGCCUACAAUAACUACAGAGUGGUGGGUGUAGUUUCAUUUGGCGUAGAUUGUGGAAAAAAUGUACCGGGUAUUUAUAUGAGAGUGCCAAAAUUUUUGGAUUUUAUUGAAAGAAUUGUAUGGCCUGAAGGAUGAUGGAUGAUAAACGAGCUGACCUGACCCUAAAAUAGAAAUACAAUUCUAUUAAAAAUUAUAAGGAAAUGUUUUUCUCUUAAGCGCUUGCCGUCAGUGUCGGCAAAAAUCGAAAAAUUUAUUAUUUGGUAUAUAAUCGAAUUUAUUGUCAUUUAAAAAGAAAUGUAUUAAAUAUUAAAAUUCUGUUAAUACAAGGUGAAGUCCAAAAUAAGCACGACUUGCAUCUUAAAAAUGUUUUUGAUGACGCCAUCUUUUUAAUGAAUUAGUGCGGUGGAAGUUACAUCCCCAGCUGACUUUCAGUGAAAGCUUAGUGACAUUCAGUACAGUGGAAGCGAAAUUAUUGCGUCUAAGGUGUCAGUAUGUUUGUGUGAUCGGUACAAAAAUAAGCUUCGAGCAAAGAGCUAAAUCAAAUUUUGUUUUAAAAUCGGUAAAUCGUUUACCGAAGCAUUUGAAUUGAUGCAAAAAGUG